AUGCCUGGUGUUCCCCCUGAUGCACUUGAGCAGGUGAAGAAGGGCUUCAAGCGGUUCUUCAGUCGCAAGAAGAACAAGAAGCCCGCCAAAACAACCGAGCCUGCUGCAACUGCCCCUGUGGCCGGUGAGGCGGCUGCGAAGCCCACCGGCCCCACUGCCGCCCCGGAAAAUGACCCUGACGCUGCCAAGCCAGCUGAGACAACUCCCGCUGCCCCAACAGAUACAACUGCUGCUAAGCCCGAGGCUGAGGCCCCUGCUGCCCAACCUGAAGCUACCCCCGAAGCCCCUGCUGCUCCCAAGGCAGAGGCUCAGGCUCCUGCUGCUCAACCUGAAGCUACACCUGAAGCUCCUGUUGCUCCAGCCGAAGCUCCAGCUGCUCCUGCUGAAGCUCCUGCCGCUCCAACCGAUACCCCUGCUGCCAAGGCAGAGGAACCUGUCAAGACUGAUACCCCCGCGAAGUAA